UUAGUGCUUGGAGCCUCCAAAGAACUGUCUCGGCGCUGGGAUAAGGACUAUGAUUCCUUUGUGCUUCCUCUGCUGGAUGAGCUGCAGCCGUGUUACAUCCUUUACCGCCUGGACACCCAAAAUGCACAGGGCUAUGAGUGGCUUUUCAUCUCCUGGUCACCUGACAACUCUCCUGUUAGACUCAAGAUGCUCUACGCAGCAACCCGAGCAACAGUAAAGAAAGAGUUUGGAGGAGGACACAUUAAGGAUGAACUCUUUGGGACAGUAAAGGAGGACCUCUCUCUUAGUGGAUACCAGAAGCACGUGUCUUCUUCCUCUGCUCCAGCUCCUCUGACUGCAGCCGAACAAGAGCUUCAGCAGAUCCGCAUCAAUGAGGUCAAGACUGAAAUCAGCGUAGAAAGCAAACACCAGACCCUCCAAGGCCUGGCCUUCCCUUUGCAGCCAGAUGCACAACAUGCCAUUCACCUACUAAAGCAAAAGAAAAUAAAUUAUAUCCAGCUGAAGCUGGAUCUGGAGCAGGAGACCAUUGAACUGGUCCACACAAAGGCUACAGAAAUUGUCGACCUGCCUAGAAGAAUUCCUCAGGAUUCUGCUCGCUACCACUUCUUUCUGUAUAAACACUCUCAUGAGGGAGAUUAUCUGGAGUCGGUUGUGUUUAUCUACUCCAUGCCUGGUUACAAAUGUAGCAUCAAAGAACGUAUGCUGUACUCCAGCUGCAAGAGCCGAUUGCUUGACUCCGUAGAGCAAGAUUUCUGCCUAGAAAUUGCGAAGAAGAUUGAAAUUGAUGAUGGAGCUGAGCUGACCGCUGAAUUCCUGUAUGAUGAGGUCCACCCCAAACAGCAUGCCUUCAAGCAGGCUUUUGCCAAGCCAAAGGGUCCUGUGGGCAAAAGGGGACAGAAGCGACUUAUCAGAGGACCAGGCGAGAAUGGAGAAGACAGUUAAACCCAAAGGAUGGGUCAGCAAAGAGCUGUGAAUGUCUCCCAGCCUCCAGCAUUGCAGCUCCAAUCAAAUCCACCUCUCUGCAUUUGAGCCUGUCCACUGAGUUCCAGAACCUUUUCCCCUAUUUCUUUUCUCAAAGUCAUGUCCAUCAGUUUCAUUAAUGGGGUGGGAGGGUUGGAAUCGGGGGACAGAUAGGAAGAUGAAGACGACGGCAUGCUCUUUUUUCUUUCCUCUUGCUCUAUUGUUAUGUAAAUCUAGGGGGAGGGGGGACCCUAGUGGUUUUUGUUCUUUGUUUUUUUUUAAUAUUUCUUACAACAGAUGCUCCUGUUACUGCUUCAUCUUGUGGCCUGUUUUACUUGGAAUCUGCACCACACAAAUAAUUUUGUUCACCUCUCAUCUGAGAGAAUUGCAUAUACCUGUAAAGCAACUCGAUAUAAGCCUGUGCUGUGACCCAAAAAGAGAGGCACGCAUUUGUAUGAUAACAAUAACUUAUGGCACUCCCAUCCUGUUAAUGCCAUCCCCUUACCAAGGGUGUCUGUUUCCCUAGUAUUUGAUGUAGUACUCAUUUGCCCACUGUUUGAGGCAAAGAGCAGUGUGUUCCAGGGAUUAAUUUUGAAGCAGGGUGUCUUUUCCUUUUGGUUCAGCAGAAGCUGGUGGAUUUGAGGGGGUGGGGAAGUGCUAAAAGUUAGUCAGAUUUCCUCCAAAAUAGAGGUAUGUUGUUGGUUUUUUUAAAAAAAAUAGCUUCUUUUCCAAGCUGCUGAAGAAGUCAAACUCAUUUUGUCCAAAAGUCGUGAUAAUCCCAUUCUAGGCCUCACUGUUUGUGGAAAAAAGGAUGAAUAUCUAUCACAAAUCCAUUGACAGGUUGGAUUUCUCUAAAAGGAUGUUCUGCUUCAUUUCUUACUUGUAGAAAGCUAAUUACACUGCUUUUCCUUCUUCCCGCCUUGUUUCUUGAUGGCUCAUUGCAUGAUGAUACAGCCAUAUGAAUGGACAUGGACAGUUAGGAACUGGGAGCACAAUUGCUGUCCUGCCCUUGUUGGCAGCAUUGCAACUUAACUACAUUCAAGAUGGCAAGAAUCACCCCAUGUGUAGCUCCCAUAUGCUUUCCCAUGCCAACCUCUCCCCAUGUGUUGGCUUGCAGCCUAAUACAGCUUUCACUUAACUGAGAUCAUCCUCUGACUUACUGAGACAGUAGAUUCCUUCCUGAUCUGAUUUUCCCCCCUCAGUGUUGGGCAUCCAGCUGGACUCUAAAGUAAAGCCACUCAGUCCUUGGUCAUCUCACAUUUGCUCACUUGUUUGCCUGCAUCCUGGUUCAUGACACCCAACCAUUGCAUCCCUUGAUCAUGGAUCUUUAGUUAUGUGAUAGAGCUUUGCCAGGCCAAAGGAACAUUAGCACUUUCAUUGGUCGCUGAAUGUUGAUGGGCUCUGUUUUUCAUAGCAUGGACUUUGCCCAGAGGACUGUUCAUUCCAUGUGCUAGAUAAUGUCUGCCAAGAGUAAUUAUUUUAGAUCCAUGAAAACCAGGUGGAAGGAAAGGAUAGCUCAUGGCAUGAAAUUGUUACCCAUGUACGUGAUGGAUGGGCAAUUUAACUGCCAGGAGUCUGGGAAGAGUUUUGUUGAUCAGCUUUGAGAGCCUAAAGGAGAAGCAGACAGUGACCCACUCACAAAAGGCUCAAGCCACAAAUGUGACCCAGAUUGGGAGCUUCUGAAAAAUCAUUAUAGUAGAUGUGUUCAUUCCAUGAGGGUCACUGAAUCUGAUGUACAUAAUUAAAGUUCUUAUGACCCCAGGGAGCAAUUUAGUGGUCUGUUUUCAUAUUUCAUGCAAGUGAACAGUUCCCUCUGAAAUUAUAAGCCUUGUUUUACAGAGCCAACUAUAUGGUAUUAGCAUGAUGGCCUUGAAUUGGGCAACAUUUGUAGGAGCAAGUCUGGAUGUGCUCUAGCCUACUCUUUUCCAUGAUGGGACUGAACUGCAAUUCAAGAAAAGAAGGAUAGGCUUUGCCAAAUUCCAAGUACUCUGCAUGAGAAGAAUAGAAUCACAGAUUCACAGAAUUGGAAGAGGCCAUUUAGACAUUCAAAUCAAAUCCCCUACCCACUACAGGAAUCCAGAUGAAAAUGUCUGUGAUGGAGAUGGUGGUAUGUGCCACCAUUUCAUAGAUGGGGAAAAGUCUAAAUGUUACUUUUCCCUCAAUUCUUUUUUUUAAGCUGUUCAUCUUUUACAUCUUAAGUCGUUUACUGGGAGUACUUGGAACAGAUGUCUUUAUAGUUGAGAUCUUCCUCUGCAGUGUUUAGAAAUGAACAGAUCUUGCAUCCAGUAUGUAGUGGUAAGAAGAUAAUAAUUAGGUUCAAAGUUUGCCCUAAAACAUGUUUAGACAGCAAGAUUCUGCUUCAAAUAGGCAUAGUGCAGGGAUCAGCACCUUUUUAUACAAAAUUUCAGCAUAAGACUGCUCAAUGCACAACAUUUCAACAUUGUCCUACAAUUUAAAGGAAAACCAAAACAAAACAGGUGGGUUGGGGAUUGGUCCUUGGACAUUUUGAAGGCUCCACAUUGCUAAUCUUUGGCAAAAUGAUUUAUUUUUAUUUUUACUAUGAUCAAAUCUCAAUCAGUCCAUCUUAAUUCUGUAAUAUUUGGAUUUGGACCUCUACAUUUUCUGCAUUAUAUAUGCAGAGAUAGUCUUGCUACUUUCAUUCUAUAUUUUGUUAAGAACUCUACACUCUUGUAAUAAUUUAUCACUUUGCCCUUUUUUCCCCCUAGGAAAAACUUAUAUUCUAGGUUAGGUUUACCAUGUAUAUUUUGUUCCAUGUAUUGCAUUCUCUCCACCAUAAAAGAGAGGCAAAAUCCUUUUUUUUUUUUUUUGGAGUCUUAUUAUAUUUUGAUGUAAAGUGCAUUUCUACAAGUUUGCUCAAAACACUUUCCUUUGGUAAGAGCAUGUGCACCACAACACAGAAGGACAAAUAUUUGCCAUUCUGAAGCUGAAUAACAGUGGCUACUAUGAUCCUGAGAUCACACUUUCUUGGGAUUCAUGCUCAGAUAUCAAAGUAUAUGUAAGCAUAUCUGGGAUGACCACUGUUUACAUGUUCCUUGUCCUCACCAUCUGCGUUAAUUAAUCCACAGCAAUCCAAACAUGACAGAAAAGCAAGCAAGCGUUACCUUUGUUUUAGCCUUAUAUCUUUUACUCCAUCAAAUUAGUCGGAAUUGGUUCUUUUGUGGCAUUAAUGCUGGUGAUGGUGAUGGAUCAAUCAGUAUUCUCAAAUGCAUGAACAAUGGUAAAUGAGGACCUAUAGAACUUCCAUGAAGGAAAGAGGGUCAGUAGCCUGCUUCUCAGGCUGACCCCUUGUGUCUCGCCCUUUCCCCUUCACCAGUGCAACACUGAGAAUCAUUCAGUCUUGCAAAGAGCUGCUGCUCAUUGCCAACCCCAUCUAUCCAUUUGAUCUCAGUAGCUGCUCCCACAUUAUGCAAAUUCAUAUUGCAUUCAUAGCUGGUGAAUCCCAGCUUAUUCAACAAAUAAAAGGCUAGAAGACCAGUAAAAUCAGUUACGCAGCAUGCAAAUCAUAGUGAUCUGGCUACUUUAUUGAUACUGACUUUCCCCCACCCUAUUUUCCCUCAAUACUCAACCAGAUUUCAGAACAAAAACUUUCUUUUCCUUGUGAUCUUACAAAACCUACCACCAACGCAUUCGCCAAGUAGCAGAAAAGUUUCACAGAAAUGUAGAAAUGACUCCUGAUCAUGGAAUAGUCUCUGAACUUGUUAGCUUGGAUCAGAAUGUAUGACUAUCUAGCAAGCAUACAUCUUGCUAUUUAUAUCUAGGAUGAACACUUAGUCAGAAGACUCCUGUUUUAAACUUGUUUAUUAAAGCUGACUAAUACUACAAAAUGUUGAGUGAUUGCAAGAAUAUGCACUUCAUUAUAGAAACAACAGUUUUCUAGGAGUCCCAAAAUGACUUUUCAAGAACUAUAUGUUUAUAGUAAGACGACCUUGGUAAUACUCUAAUAGCUAUAUUCCUGUGCACACUCAGUUGAAAUGACACUAGUUUUGCACUGACAAACCUCUAGCAAACCAAAAGCUGUAGUGUGAAAAUAAUUCCUAAUUGAAAUAUGGUUAAAAUUGCAAGUAGUCUCCACUGGCCAUUGUGUUUAACUCGCUGCAGGUGAAAAGCAAGCUAGGAGUGAUCAUUUCUUUAUCUGUGCUAGUAACUUAGCAAAUCUUCCAUGAGAAUCAAGGUUUGGAGUUUGGGAGAUGCACAUUCCUGACUGGGCUGGAUGAUGAUGAUGUAAAUUUGGAAACUGGGGGAGGCAGGGCACACUGUUUUGAAUGCUGCAUUUUCUAAAAAAUAAAGUAUUUUUAAAGCAAUCAGUUUUGAGCAUUUCUUUAGUAGACUGAGAUUUCUAUCAACACAAUUGGCCAUUUUAAAAGUUCCCUAUGCAGAAACUGCAUCCUUAGCUAGCUACGGUAAAUUUUACAUCUCAGAUUGAUGGAAAUUAUUGCUACAAAGUGGUUGAACUUACCUUGUGAGGCCACAUGGUUUGAAGUUCCUCACAUAGUUGCAGUUGUGAUCAUGUUUGCAGAUCUCUGCUAAACUCUGGAUUUUUUGCCCCAUCAUGUAGACCGUAUAUAUAGCCUGCAUUGGUGUGUUCAUGUUCAAGGCCCCACCUUUGGUUAUUCAACAGCUUGCAAGGGUACCAAGACCAGUUUUAC